AAUAUAUUUUCUUCUUCUUCUUCUUCUCACUCUUCUCCAGUUCUCAACCAUGAACAUGAACAUGAACAAUGGCUACAGAGAACCAGACAACUCAUUUUGUUAUUUCCACCCCAAGGAGGUUGUUGUGGGAGUCUGUGCACUCUGCUUGACUGAGAGGCUUCUCAUCUUAGCAGCCAAAAAAGGCCACCAUAGAAGCACCCAGAGCUUCUCUCACAGACCCAUUUCUCUUCCAAAGAUCUUUGCUUUCGGCUCCUUCCUCAAUCGCAAGCCAGAUUACUUGGAUCAGGAAGCUUCUACCAGCCAAGAAGAUUCAUUCAUAUCAAUCAAGUUUGAAGAGAAUGGAGUUGCCUCGUGGGAGAAGAACAAGGCUUCCAAAGUGUCUUUAGACCAUUGCAACAUGCCCUGGAAUCACACCUUUAGCAAAGACUCCACGGAGACCAAGAGUGUGAUAGAGCAUGGGAAAUCUCAUACUCCACUUAGGUGGCGAAAGCGGCUUGGACAUCUCUUCCAGCUCAAUAGAUGGAAGAGAUCCAACAAGAGCACAGUUUGCCAUGUGAGCAACAAGGUAGAAGGAGUCAAGGUAAGGAAGGGCUGGAUAAGAAGUCUGACAAAGAGGAGAGGGUCCAUGGAAUAAAGGGAGCUCAUACAGAAAGUGAUACAAGUAUUCCCUCCCCCAUACUCAUAUGUGGGUAGAAGCUCACUAAAGUCGUAUAUAAUUGAGGGAGGUAGAGUCAAACUCUUUACUUUAUCAUUCCCUAAAAAUGUGCUUUGUUUGCUUUCAACUCUUUGAGCUUCUUCUCUUUUCCUUUUGCUUCCUCCAUUUCUUUAAAACAGUACAGGCUGUAAAAGGGUUGUUGAAAUAUGCUUUGGUUUCACAUUUUUAUGAAAGAUAAAGAUUACUUUGUAA